AUGGCGCGCCAACUGUUUGAUGAAAUGUCUGAAAGGAAUGUGAUCUCAUGGACUGCGAUGGUUUUUGGAUACACAAAAUUUGGGAGAAUGGGUGAAGCUGUUCUAUUGUUUGAUAAUAUGCCGGUGAGGGAUCCGCCGUCUUGGAAUGCCAUGAUCGCGGGUUUUGCGCAGAAUGGUAUGUUCGGGGACGCCGUGUCGAUGUUUAGGAGGAUGGUGGUCGAGGGCUAUAGACCGAAUGAGACCACCGUGGUGUGUACACUGUCAGCAUGUGGUCAUCUGGGGACUCUGCAGAUUGGGGAAUGGGUUCAUGGUUUUGUUCACAAGAGCGGCAUCGGCAGCAGUUGUUUUGUGGGCAAUGCGCUUAUAGACAUGUAUGGCAAGUGUGGGAGUUUGAAAGAGGCUCGCAGCGUCUUUGAUUUCUUGAGCCUAAGAAGCAUAGCAUCUUGGAACUCGCUUGUUAAUGGACUUGCACUUCAUGGGUACAGCAGUGACGCCAUUGCUGUGUUUAGAGAGAUGCUGCAGACAGGGGCCAAGCCAGACGAGAUAACAUUUGUUGGGGUGCUGAAUGCUUGUGUUCAUGGAGGAAUGGUUAAUGAAGGGUGGGAAUUCUUUUUGAGUAUAAACAGGGAUUAUGGGAUUAAGCUCCAGAUUCAACACUAUGGCUGCAUAGUGGAUCUACUUGGCCGUGCUGGUAAACUCGAAGAAGCAGUGGAGGUAAUAAAGAAUAUGGAGGUGGAACCAGAUGAAGUGGUGUGGGGUGCAUUGUUGAGUGGCUGCAGAGUUCAUGGAAACCGGAGCUUGGCUGAUUACUCUGCAACCCAGUUGCUUGACCUUGAUCCCCAAAAUGCAGCGUAUCUUUUGCUGCUCGCUAACAUGUAUAGUGAAUCUGGGAGGUGGGAAGAUGUUGGGAAGACCAGGAAAAUGAUUCGGGAGAGAGGUGUGCUGAAAACUCCAGGUUGCAGUUGGAUUGAAAUUGAAAACAUAGUUCAUGAGUUCUACUCUGCAGAUAAGCAGCAUCCACAGGCUGGCGAAAUCUGCGAGGCAUUGGAAAGUUUGCUUCUGUUCUCAAAGGAUCUCGGCAAUUACAUCGACAUGAAUUCAUUGAAUUGUGAUUCAACUUGA